UGUCGGUUGUUUUGGACUCCCCACCCCCACAGUACACCAGAUCCCACCAAUCUCCUAUCUUAUCACCUUUUAUCACAAUAUCUCUUCUCCCUUCCUUCUUCCCCUCCCACAGUUCCCCUUCUUUAGAUGACUAGUAGGAAACAUCCUGCCUCUUCCCCUUGUGGUUGUUGGACUUGCAUGUUAAGUCCCUCUCACUGCCCCCCAAUUCCCAUCUCAUAUUUAGUGGGUGUUAUGGGUUUGGAUUUGCUGAUGGUUGUAUAGAAAGUCGAGGGAAUAGAUCAGUGGAUUAAUUAAUCCAUGGAUUUCACAAGGCAGGAUGAGGAAGAGGAUAGCGACAACCCUCCUCUUCCUCCUCCUCCUCCUCCUCCUCCUCCUCCUCCACCUCCACCUCCUCCUUCUAUAAGAGAAUCAGCCUUGGGUAGGCCCAUGCUCUCCCCUUCCUCGUCCCUCCUCUCUCCCAGAGGAGCAGGAGCAGGAGCAGGAGGAGGGGCAAGAAACGAGAUGAGGCCUUUAAGUCCCAAUCCCACGGCCUCCACCCGUGGCACGGAUUCAUCAUCGGCGGGUGCAGUUCGGUACCGGGAGUGCCUCCGGAACCACGCUGCGACCCUCGGUGGUCAUGUCCUCGAUGGCUGCUGCGAAUUCAUGCCCAGCAGCGAGGACGCCUUCAAGUGCGCCGCCUGCGGCUGCCACCGUAGCUUCCACCGCAUCGAUGGCGAUUCUCCUCCUUCCCAUUCCAACCCCAACUCUCUUUACCACCUCCACGACCCUCCCCAUGGUAGAUCUCCCUUCUUGCUCCCACCACUCCAUCCCCAUCAUCCUACCUCUCAUCAUCACCACCAAAAGCAAUUCAUCUCGCCGGCGAUCCUCGAACUUCGCGGCAGCAACAGUACUGGUGGUGGUGCUGGUGGCGGCCCGAUGACGGAGUCUUCGAGUGAGGAGCGAAAUGCGGGGGCCGGCCCACUGCAGCGGCCAUACAUGGUGUCCAAGAAGAGGUUUAGGACCAAGUUCACGACGGAGCAGAAGGAGAGGAUGUUGGAUUUUGCCGAGCGGCUGGGUUGGAGGAUCCAGAAGCAGGAUGAAGCAUUGGUUGAUGAGUUCUGUGCCGAGGUCGGGGUCAGCAGGCAGGUCCUCAAGGUCUGGAUCCACAACAACAAGCACUCCGUUAGGAAGCAGCAGCAGCAGCAACAAGAGCAUCAACAUAUGUGACGGGAUCGUGAAGGGUCAUGGUGUCAGAUAUGAUAGAGGAGAGGCGUGGAUGUGGCAUUGUUACCAGUUGUCUCUCUGCUGUCAGAAACCUCCAGACUUUGGGGUAGCCUGUGUCAAUAGGGGAAAGAAAUAAACAAAGAAAAGCUAUAAAGAUGUGAUUGCUAAAUGUUAAAAACAAGAAAUGGAGAAAAUAAUUGUUUAUAAGAUGCAGCAGUUUGCUUCUUUUUUAGAUGCCUAGCCUAAAUUUUGUUCUCCUCCAUCACUUGCUUCUAAUUCAGGUAGGUGGAGAUCUCAGAACCUUCUUCAUGUUGCUUCAUUUAAUACCUAAUCUAAUCCAUCACUUACAUCACUUGCUCACUAUGCUCUAGCU